AUGAAUUGUGAACAAUUUCCCGAAUAUAAUAAUCCUCAAGGUAUUUUAUGCAUGGAACGUAAUUUAACUCAAGAAGAACAAUUAGAACUUCAAUCAUUAAACAACAAUGUUAAAAAUCAUGUACCAUUGAAAUCAACCAAUCAAAUGUCAGUUGGUCAUUUCGAUGAAUCAUCAGCUAAAGGCAUACAAAUCACAUCGAAUUUACAAAUCAUCACUGAUCGAUAUGAUCCAAUGGAAACAUUAUCAUUGUCAGAAGAAGAUGUACAAUUGAAGAAACAAUUCAAUGAAAAUGCUAGUAAUAUUUUAUUUGAAAAAGCUAUACGACAACAUGAAGAGAUUCGUAAAUUACAAAAUACAUUUCCUAAUUUACAUUUAAAAUGUACAUGUGAUUGUCGACCACCAUUGAUCAAGAUUAAAAAUUCUGAAAUGAAUAUUAAUGCUAAAAUCACCGUAGCUGAUAUCAAUGAUUGUUCUAUGCCAUGUUAUACACCAUAUUAUACAAUGGAUACUUCAUCAUACAAUUUCACAACAUUUUGGCUUGGUCUCUGGUCAAUAUGUUGUGCUCUAUCUACACUCAUUACCAUAUUAACAUUUCUCAUUGAUUCUUAUCGUUUUCAAUAUCCAGAAUUACCAUUGAUUUAUUUGACUAUUUGUUAUUUUAUGAUAUCCAUUGGUUAUUUAAUACGUGUCAUUAUGGGACAUCAAGCGAUUGCCUGUGACAGUUUAUCCAAUCCAUAUGAUGUAAUCAAUACGCAUACUAGUAAUGAUAUUAUUAAUAAUAAUAAUAAUAAUGAUAAUAAUAAUUGGUAUGAUUUUGAUAAAACCAAUGAACAUUUACAAACAGUCACCCGUUUACCCGGUACAACAACCAUCAUAACCCCUAAAGAUAUAACAAUGAAAAUAUUACCAACACUAACUACUACUACUACUACUGGCGCUGUUAUUACUACUAGUACUACCAUUACUACUACAACUACUAGUACUAGUAGUACUAGUAGUAAUAUUAUCAUUUCAGAUUUGUUCAAAUCAAUCAAUCAUCAAUUGAUACGUUCAAAAAUAUUACGUUAUGCGAUAACUGGAAGAAUUAGUUGUGCUGCGGUAUUUUUAUUAAUUUAUUUUUUCAGUAUGUCAGCAUCAAUUUGGUGGGUGAUAUUAGCAUUGACAUGGUUACUUGCCGCCGGUUUCAAAUGGGGCAGUGAAGCAAUAUCGAAAUAUUCUCAGCGUUUCAAUGCCCAUUCUAUUUCAAUAUCAAUAAACUAUUCAUGA